AUGUUGUGUUUCGAUUCUCCGGUCAAACCUUGGCCAGGCUCUUCACGACCGACAACUCUGCGAGGCAUCGUGGCUGCCCUGAUUGCCGCUGCAGCCAUUGAUUUUUCGAAACCUUUUCGGAAGGUCCUCUACAUCAUGCGUGGACCACCGGGAUCCGGCAAAAGCAGCGUGGCACGGCUGUUGCUCCAAAAGCACCUCGCGGCCCAGGGCCUUCGCUGGAACCCCUCACAGCCCGGGGCUGCCUUUUCUCCAAUCUGUCGAGCAUUCAUUUGUUCCACAGACGACUACUUCACCAAAGUCGAUGACGAGGGAGAUGCGAUCUACGACUUUGAGCCGCAACGACUUCGUGAGUUGCACCAGAAGAACCAGCAGCGUUGCCGCGAUGCCAUGGAGUUGAGUCAAACUCCAUUGUUUGUGGACAACACCAACAUGGCCCUCUGGGAAAUGUCGGAGUAUGUGAUGCUGGCAGAGGAGUUCAACUACGCUGUCAUGAUCAUUGGCGCAGAACAGCUUGGUGCCGGAGCAUUGGAUUUACGAGUGCUGCAGAUGCGAUGUGCCCAGGAAGCUGGUCGAGCUGAUGGCAAAGAAAUCCCAUCAACCACCCUGGAGCGCAUGAUUAGCAGAUACGAGCCAUUGCCGGAGGAGGUUAAAGGUGUCCGUUUUUGGAAUGCCGCCGAACUGGACUUGCUGAAGAGUGCCAAGCCAAAGCCAAGGUUUCGCUAUGCCGGGCUUGAUGUCGAGACGUCUGCCCUGGAGGCACUGGCAGCAAUUGAUCUUGGCCCAUUUUUCUGGGAGGGAGCUGAGCAGCCUGAAGGACAAAGGCAUUUCCUCGCUGCUCGGAUGGCAGAUCGCUGGACGUCACCGGACAGGCUUCAUGUCACAGUGCUUUACUUCGGCAAAGAUUCCAAGAGGCAAGAGGCAGAAGAGCUUGUUGGUAGGACGUUUGCAGUGAAGGUGAGCGGCCUCGUUUUCAUUCGUGGUGGCAGCUUGCUCUGUGCGACUUGCGAAUUCUCCUCCGACGACUAUGAAACCUUGGCCUCUCUUUCAGAAGAUUGGCGUCCACAUAUUACGCUUUUAUUCUCUGGACGCUGGCGUCCAAAGCACUCGAAUGACAUGCUUGUGGGUAUGGAGGAGGCAGUGCGUCGCAUGGAAGCCGCACCCGAGGCUGGCUCGAUUGAGGUUGAGGAGACGCAGCUCGAUCCUGUGAGCCAACCUGAUUCCAUGUCAACGGAGGAUGUGGUGAAGAGGCCGCAGGUUCGUCAGACCAUGCACGAUCAUCCCCAUGGCACACUGCAGGUGCUGUCUGGGGUCUCUGUUUCUGACGAAGCGAAUCUUGAUCUUUGCGUCUUGCAGUUGAAUGCUCCGCUAGAUCUCGGAAAUUGUGAUUUCAAGCUGUUCUGAGCAAAAUUGCCCGUCUGGGAUAGUUUUAGUGGCGCUGAGUUGGAAAA